AUCACCCAGAAGAAGAAUCUCAAAGAGCUUCGAUCUUUGUGUCUCUAUUAGUACCAUCUUCUUCGUACAAGUUCUGUGUGAACUUCGCUCGGUCUGUGAAAAUGUCGGGCAGAGGAAAAGGAGGCAAGGGGCUGGGGAAGGGAGGGGCGAAGAGGCACAGGAAGGUGCUGCGGGACAACAUUCAGGGCAUCACCAAGCCCGCCAUCCGGAGGCUCGCUCGCCGAGGCGGCGUGAAGCGCAUUAGCGGGCUGAUCUACGAGGAGACCCGUGGCGUCCUCAAGAUCUUCCUCGAGAACGUGAUCCGUGACGCCGUGACCUACACUGAGCACGCCCGGCGGAAGACGGUGACUGCCAUGGACGUCGUGUACGCGCUCAAGAGGCAGGGGCGCACGCUCUAUGGGUUCGGCGGGUGAAGGUGGUUUUGUGCAGUGCUCGAGCUGUGUUUUGUCGUGUAUUAUCUGUGUGGUCAAAAGGAAAGGAAAAGGAAGAAAAGUGAAAAUGUAUCUUUCUUGCUGGAUGGUCCGCGGAUUGUUUCGGCUGAAAUGUUGGCCAUUCGUUUCUCUCUAGUGGAAAUGAAAAAAAAAAGUGGACUUUUUUCA